AUGAACACGGCUGCCAGCAGUUACCCGAUGGCAUCGCUGUACGUGGGUGACCUGCACCCCGAUGUCACCGAGGCCAUGCUCUACGAGAAGUUCAGCCCUGCUGGGCCCGUUCUCUCCAUUCGGGUCUGCAGGGAUAUGAUCACCCGCCGAUCCCUUGGGUAUGCCUACGUCAACUUCCAGCAGCCAGCAGAUGCUGAGCGUGCUCUAGAUACCAUGAAUUUUGAUGUGAUCAAAGGAAAACCCAUUCGCAUCAUGUGGUCUCAGAGGGACCCCUCCUUGAGGAAGUCAGGGGUUGGGAAUGUCUUCAUUAAGAACCUGGACAAAUCCAUUGAUAACAAGGCACUUUAUGACACAUUCUCAGCGUUUGGGAAUAUUUUGUCCUGCAAGGUGGUGUGUGAUGAGAAUGGCUCUAAGGGCUACGCAUUUGUGCACUUUGAGACCCAGGAUGCUGCAGAUAGAGCCAUCGAGAAGAUGAACGGCAUGCUGCUAAACGACCGCAAAGUAUUUGUUGGGAGAUUCAAGUCUCGUAAAGAGCGGGAGGCUGAGUUGGGAGCCAAGGCAAAGGAAUUCACCAAUGUUUAUAUUAAAAACUUUGGGGAUGACAUGGAUGAUGAAAGACUAAAGGAGCUCUUCAGCAAAUAUGGUAAAACUCUGAGCGUUAAAGUGAUGACAGACCCUACUGGAAAAUCCAAAGGCUUUGGCUUUGUGAGCUUUGAAAAGCAUGAAGAUGCUAACAAGGCAGUAGAAGAAAUGAAUGGGAAGGAUAUCAAUGGGAAAAUGGUAUUUGUAGGCCGAGCACAGAAGAAGGUUGAGCGCCAGGCAGAGCUGAAACGGAAGUUUGAACAGCUAAAACAAGAGAGACUCAGCCGGUACCAGGGUGUUAACCUAUACAUUAAAAACCUAGAUGACACUAUAGAUGAUGAAAAACUGAGGAAGGAAUUCUCACCAUUUGGGUCAAUAACGAGUGCCAAGGUGAUGCUGGAAGAUGGACGGAGCAAAGGGUUUGGCUUUGUCUGCUUUUCGUCUCCAGAGGAAGCUACAAAAGCUGUGACAGAGAUGAACGGGCGAAUUGUGGGCUCAAAGCCAUUGUAUGUUGCACUUGCACAAAGGAAAGAAGAGCGAAAGGCCCAUCUAACUAAUCAGUACAUGCAGCGCAUUGCUGGGAUGAGAGCCUUGCCUGCCAACACCAUCAUUAAUCAGUUCCAGCCUGCUGCUGGGGGAUACUUCAUGCCUGCUGUGCCCCAGGCUCAGAGCAGACCCACUUACUAUGCACCUAAUCAAAUGACACAGAUGAGACCCAACCCACGCUGGCAGCAAGGGGGAAGACCUCAAGGCUUCCAGGGAAUGCCCAAUGCCAUGCGCCAGUCUGGACCACGGCCAGCGCUGCGCCAUUUGGCCCCUGCCGGCAAUGCUCCGGCCUCUCGUGGCCUCCCUGCCGCUGCCCAGCGAGUUGGCGUUGGCACCACAGCACAGAAUUUAGCUCCUCGUCUGCCUGUAGCUGCCCCUGCUCCCAGAGCAGUUCCUCCCUAUAAAUAUGCCUCAAGUGUUCGCAGCCCCCAUCCAGCUGUACAGCCUUUGCAGGCACCUCAGCCUGCAGUACAUGUGCAGGGACAGGAACCACUAACAGCCUCCAUGCUGGCUGCUGCCCCUCCCCAAGAGCAGAAACAGAUGCUGGGAGAGCGUUUGUUCCCUUUGAUUCAAGCUAUGCACCCCAGCCUUGCAGGGAAGAUCACAGGAAUGCUGCUAGAGAUUGACAACUCAGAGCUGCUGCACAUGCUAGAGUCUCCAGAGUCCCUCCGGUCAAAGGUGGAGGAGGCUGUUGCAGUGUUGCAGGCUCACCAAGCCAAGAAAGAAGCUGCCCAGAAGGUGGGCGUAGUUGCUGCUACCUCUUAAACCAGGAAGACUGGAUGCAAAGAAGCCAAAUAGCCCCUUUCUAGACAUCAGCUCAAGAUGUUUGAAGAUUCUUCACUGUCCUGCAGAGCUCAAUGCCAUGCAUCAUAUCACAUAGUUCUAUUGCAUUUUGUAAAUUAAUCUUUAAGAUCGUAUUUAAAAAGCCAACUUUGAAGCUCUAGUUUUCCAAAACCAGAACUGGGCUUGCAAGCUUUCCCCUUGGGGUCAGAACAGAGCUGCCCUUUGUGUCUUCUAAGCAGGACAUGGAGGAUUUUAGGUUGAAAGUAUUUUGUGGUUUUGGUUUUAACUGAACAAUCCAGUUUGGAAAGUCUGGAAAGCAUUUAUCAAUAAAGGAGUAAA